UUUAGUCCAUUUCUAUUUACAAAUCAGUUGCUGAAUAGUUUAGUUUCUUCGGUGCUCGCUAAUGGCUUUAUCGGCUACAACCUUAUCAUCAUCGUCGACGCUGCAACUGAUCAAUGUCUCACGCAGAUUCGUCUCUGCAGCUCCUUUCUCUUUUGACUCUACCUUCCUCCUCCGCCGACGCGUGAAACGGCCACUCGCUUCGUACCGUGGCUCUCAGUCGCGUAGGAGAUACGAAUCGGACGAUCGAUUCUUCGACGGGUACGAAUACGACGUCGUUCCAGACGACGAAGAGGAUGAUUACGAGAGGGAGAGCAGCGUGGAUCUUCUGGUCAGAUUCUUAACGAGUAUGUUCAAGAAUGUCUCCAAGCGAGCUAAAAAGGCCUCGCGUCGCGUUUUGCCAGCCGCCAUGUCUCCUAGACUCGUGUCUUUUGCAGUAGAUGGGAUAUUGCUAUUGGGUUCACUUUCUAUUACGAGAGCAUUUCUUGAGGUAAUAUGCAGUCUUGGAGGAACAGUCUUUACGGUUAUUCUGUUGAUCCGUUUGUUCUGGACAGGAGCUUCCUUCUUCCAGAAUUACGGCAACUCUUUUGGACCAAACCCUCUAUAACUCGAAACAUAUGUAGCUUAAGUCAGAUUAUGAGUUUCAGAUGUUUGUUAUUCAUCAUGUCCUUUUCACCUCUAUUUGUAAAGGGAAUAUGGAAGAUAGUUGUGUAUACACAUUCGCUGUGAAAGUUGUCUAAUGAUCAA